AUGAAGAUCAAGGAACCAGAAUCAUUUAGUGGUGAUAUGAAGGACUAUACUCGUUGGUCAUUCGAGGUUAAGAACGUCAUCAGUGUUCGAACAUCAAUGUCUACCGAUGCCAAGAAGGUCCUAUAUUUAGGUUCUCUUUUGACUGGAGCUGCACAUACUUGGUACAGAUUAUGGGUAGAUAUGCACACAGUGAAUCAUGUUACAGCCUGUAGUUAUGCUCAAUUCUGGACGGAUAUGGACGCUACUUUUAAGGAUCCCAUGGAAGUGUCAAACUAUCGAAAGGAUGUUAUAGAAAGCAAGCAGAAAAAUACGGAAUUCAACGAAUAUGCCAUUCACUUCAUGAACCUUUGUCAAAAGGCUGGGUAUAACAUUGACCAGCAGAUCGAAGUCUUUUUGAGAGGACUCAAUUAUCAAACCAUCAACAAUUGGCAUGUAGCAGGAGCUCGACCAACUAUGUUUACAGAAAUAGUGGAGUCUAUUCGCCAAUCCAUAGAAAACUUCAAACUACUCCAAUCUGUCAAGGGACGUCAAAACGUGACCCCCCUUAGUCGCCCAUCAUCAUCCCGUAACCCCUAUAUUCCUGGAAGUCAAGCACCAUACGUAUCGUCUGAUCCCACUAAACCUGGUAUAUUUACCUCAAACCCAGACACUCCCACAUACAAAUAUCGAGCUAGGAAAGGAUGGUGUACACGAUGCGGAAUGACCGACCACAAGGCAGAUAAGUGUAGCACAUACCCCAGUACAGCUAGUGGAAAGGAGAACUAUGACAAAUCUGUCAAACUACACGGUCGUUUCAAUUCUACCAAUGAUCCGUCAGACGAUAUAAAAGUACCACCAGCAAAUCGUCGUCCACCAACAGUAGCCAAUAAUAAUCAAAGGUCAUCAGCUCAACAAGAAUUAACUCAUCAACGUCAAACACGCUUCAAUACCGUAGAUAGUGACGAUGAUGAUGGAUUGUCAGAAGCAGAUACUGAAUUCAAUACAACUGAAGAAUCCGCCUAUUUAUCACGUCUGAACAUGAGCCGUCAACGAUUGCGUAAAAGCGUAUCAAACCAACGUCGUACCUCCCUCUUCCUCACUGAGUUCUCAGUCAAGAGCAAAGAUAACAGGGCCGCAAAAGGAUUAGCUCUGGUGGAUUCAGGUGCUAAUAAGACCAUGAUAGGUCGAGGCUUCGUAGAUCAAACAUAG